UAAAAGGGGGCCUCCUGACGCUGAGAGGGAAAGUGGAACCGGGGCGGCGCGAGGGCCCAUCGUGCCGUGUUCUCGCCAGGGCAGCGGGGAGGGCGAGCGGGCGGCGUGGCGCAGGGGCCGACGGGGGCGCGGGACGGCCGCGCCGGAAGUGCCCCGGCAGCUGCAGGAAGCUCAGAGGGUGCCUAGCCGUGGAGCCGGCGAGAAGGCGGGGUGUGUGCUCCUGGGCCUGGCGGGGGCUGUAGGAGUAGGUGGCAGCGGGGCUGUGGAACGCGGUGCGGCAGCUGCCCGGGACGGCUCCCGGGUGGGGAGGAAGACGCAAGGAGGCCGCGCCGAGGCCAGGCGGCCAGCUCGGUGGGCUUGAGCCCCGGGCCGCUGCACGGCCCCCACAUGGCCUCCGGAGGGGGCGCGGCCUUCGAGGAGCUGCCGCACGAUGGCACGUGUGAUGAGUGCGAGCCCGACGAGGCUCCGGGGGCCGAGGAAGUGUGCCGAGAAUGUGGCUUCUGCUACUGCCACCGUCAUGCGGAGGUGCACGGGCAGAAGUUCCCCCGGCACCACCUGGCCGAGUACGUCCACGGUGCUCACCAGGCCUGGGCCUCGGGACCUCAAGGGGGCGGCACAGGGGAGGAAGAAGUCGAGGCCCAGGUGGAGAAGGAGAAGGCCCUAGAAAGCGAGGCAGGGGAAGAGAGCGAGUCUGAGGAAGACAGUGAGUCCGAAGAAGAGAGCGAGACGGAGGAAGAGAGUGAGGAUGAGAGCGAGGAAGAGAGUGAGGAGGACAGUGAGGAGGAAAUGGAGGAUGAGCAAGAGAGUGAAGCAGAGGAAGACAACCAAGAAGGAGAAUCAGAGGCAGAGGGAGAAACUGAGGCAGAAAGCGAAUUUGAUCCGGAAAUAGAAAUGGAAGCAGAGCGAGUGGCCAAGAGGAAGUGUCUGGACCAUGGGCUCGAUUUGAGUACCUAUUGCCAGGAAGAUAAGCAGCUCAUCUGUGUCCUGUGCCCAGUCAUUGGGGCUCACCAGGGUCAUCAGCUUUCCACCCUAGAUGAAGCCUUCGAAGAACUAAGAAGCAAAGACUCAGGCGGAUUGAAGGCAGCCAUGAUAGAGUUGGUGGAAAGGUUAAAGUUCAAGAGCUCAGACCCUAAAGUAACCCGGGACCAGAUGAAGGUGUUUAUACAGCAGGAAUUUAAGAAAGUUCAAAAAGUGAUUGCUGAUGAGGAGCAGAAGACCCUUCAUCUGGUGGACAUCCAGGAAGCAAUGGCCACAGCCCAUGUGACUGAGAUCCUGGCAGAUAUCCAAUCCCAUAUGGAUAGGUUGAUGACUCAGAUGGCCCAAGCCAAGGAACAACUUGAUACCUCUAAUGAAUCAGCUGAGCCAAAGGCAGAGGGCGACGAGGAAGGACCCAGGAUACAGCAGCUGAAGCAACAGGAAAUUUGAAGUUUAACAUUUUAUUAAAUCUUAUGUUGAAGAUUUCUGUGGAAGGAAACUGCUGGAGAGAGAUUGGUUUUCCAUUAUUCACUUGCCAAGAAAAGAUAAGGAAACUGGGUCGGGUGGAUUUCCUGAAGGUGCAGGAAGCAAAGAAGGAAAACCCUUGGGCUAUUUUCUGCUUCUAACCCUCCGCUUCCUAGAGUUGCCUGGGCCCUAAUAGAAGGCUUGGGAAGGUUCCUUUCAGCCCUCACCACAGGAGGUCGUCAGUUCAGUGAAAUCCAGCAGCAGUGGGGAAGAGAAGGGAGGUUGGGGAAGGCCAAUGAAAAGGGAAAGUGUACAGCCACCAUGGUAUUUUCCUCUUAAAGUUCAACAGGAAACCAAGUAAUAACAUAGAAGUUAUUUCAGAGGAGAAGCACGUGCACACUCUCAUCCCCACAGAUACUUCGAAACUGCCCCAUGUUGACAAGUGUGUGGGGAAAAUGGGCAUUCUCUACCUGCAUGAAUAACGAUUGUAAAUCAAGACAAGAUAACUUCUGGAGGGCAGUUUAACAACAAUAUAUCAGCUACUUUAAAAAAUACUUAUCCUUUGCUUGUUUGAGAAAUAUCUGAUUCUAGGACUGGGGCAGGAAAUAUAUAGGAUGAGCCUGGGGCAUUUUGUAGUGCCAGGAAGUAAGGAGGUCCUCCCAACAAAACUCAGAACACAGCUUACAUUGAUGAGGGUAUGUCAGGGGCCAUCAAGAGUGAACUAAGAGAGCUCUCAAAGGCCAAAGCUGAACAAUUUGAGCAAUGAAAUCAAUUAAGUAGUAUUGAAUUAUAACCCAGAGUAUAAAAAUAAACAUCCCUGAGUCCAUACCAGUAUAAAUGAAUGAUCAAAUAAAUAAGUGAAGGAGAAGAGACAAAUUUCAUGUUCAGAAUUAUUUCAGAUAGUUUGUGUAGGUACUCUACCUUCAACCAGAAGGAGCAUGACUCCUCAUCCCCUAGGUCUGGUUGCUCAUCAUGACUUCUUUCCAAAGGGUACAGUAUAUAGAGGGGCAAAAAAGAGUAACUUUACGGUGGAUAAUCCUUAACAGAUACUACCCCAGCCAGGUGAUCAAGGUCAGGUCAUAUUCAUAGCAUGUGCCCUUAGUACAGUGUGAAGAUGGUGCUUUACCUCUAAAGUGUUUACUUCUCAAGGCCCGUAACCAUGGCCUAAUCAUGCAAAAAGCAUCUGACGAAUCCCAAAUGAAAGAUAUUCUACAAAAUACCUGGCCAUUGCUCCUCAAAACUGUCAAGGAAGGUCAUCAAAAAUAUGAAAAUCUAAGAGACUGUCGUAGCCAAGAAGAGCCUAAGGAGACCUGAUGACUAAGUAUAAGGUGGUAUCAUGGGCGAAAUCUGAAACAGAAGAAGGACAUUGGGGAAAAAACUAAGACAAUCUGAAUAAAACACAGACUUGAAUUAAUACUGGUGUACCAAUACUGAUUCAUUGUAACAAAUUCAGUACCCUAGUGUAAGGCGGUAAAGUAAAGAAACUGCAUAUUAGAACCCUCUGUACUAUCUUUGUUAUUUUCCCUCCUCGGAAAUAAUUAAGGAUGAACAUGGAUGUGUGUCACAGAGGAGUAGGUAAUAGUGAAAAGGCAGAAAUAAUUUAAAUGUCCAGCAUUAGGUAUGGUAAAUCCAUACAACUUAGUCAUGAAUCUUAAUCUUACAGAAAUCUAUUUCUUGAUUGAGAAAAGUAUUCAUGAUUGAUAGUUGGGUGGAAAAAAAAGAAGUGGAUUAUGAAAGAAUAUACCUGUGAGGUAUAUUCAACUGUACCCCUCCUAUGCAUGUAUAUUUUUGCAUAUGCACAGAAGGGAUAUAAAUGAGUGUAUUUCAGUGUGUUAAUGGUGAUUCUCACCAGGGAUAACACUAUGGAUUUUUUCUUUUUAUAGAAGUAAUACUUGUUUGUUAUCAAAAGUACAGAUCAGUAAAAGAAGAAAAAGUUACUUUAUGAAUUUAAAAAAAAAAAGGACUGGGAAUGAUUCCAUUAUAAAUUCAGCAGCAGCAGUAACAGAAGACUCAGUCUUAUGAAGGAGUUCUGAGAGCAGAUGGAAUACUGGCAGCUAACAAGCCUGCCUGUUACUUCUGUUCAAGUGUCUCCAUCCUCCAUAGAAACAGGCCACCACCCAGCCCCUGUGGACUCUCGCACUCCACCUGUAAAAGCAGUGAACAGGCUGCAAGGUGCAUGGAGAUCAAACUUAGCGUUUAGUGGUCACUGUGGGGACCUGUGGCUGCCCUGAAGCCCCCAGGCUCUCUCAGAGCUGCCUACAUAGAUCUGUGGUGAUGUAGGCAGCUGUGAGGGUGGAGAGACAAACCCAGUGUCUGUUUCCUUCUCCUUCUAUAGUAAUCCUACCUUUAUCUUGCUUUUUUUUUUUUUGCUGUUUCUUUGGGCCGCUCCCACAGCAUAUGGAGGU